AUGACGAGAGGGUUCUCGUCGCUGCUCGCAGGAGCGGGGCCCCACCCCGACCAGGGCAGCAGCAGCGGUCAUGCACCUGCGCAGGGGCAGCAGGGGCAGCAGCAGGCGGGCGGGCCUGCGGCGGGAGCGCCCGCUGCGCAGCCCCGCGCCGGCCCACCCCUCCAGGCACCCUCCCCACUCCACCCCGGCUCCUUCACCGACGCGGUGGCGGUUUCGCAGAAGGACUGGCACGCGCUGGCCCUGUUUGGCACGGUGCUGCUGCUGGUGACCUGCCAGAGCCGCGGCUUCCAGCCUCUGGAGCUGGCCUUGACGUGGGCCACCGUGGCGGUGCUCGCGGCGCUGGGCGCCUGGCAGCUGGCGGCGCCUGCCAGCUACGGGUGCCGCCGCUGGGCCACCGUGCCGCUGGCCAGGCUCGCCAUGGCGGGCCGCCUGCUGGCUGUGGACACGAUGCGCACCUUUGGGCCCGCCCCGGCCCCAGCCUCGCCUGCCGCGGGCAGCUUUGCGCCGCUCGAGCCCCACGUCCUGCUGGCAUUCCUCAUGUCCUCUGGUGUGUGCGCCCUCGGCACGUCUGCCCUGGGCAUGCAGCUCCCGCCUCUGGCGGCCGUGCUCGUCCAAGUGGCGGCGGCGGCGGCCGCGGCGGCCACCAAUGCACGCAGCUGCGCCAGCUUUGCGCAGCUGCCCCUCAGCGAGCGGGCCAUUGGCGCGGCGUACCGCUGGCUGCGCCCCGCUGCGCUGCCGCUGGAGCGGCUGCAGCUGCUGUCUGCCGGGAUGGGCCCGGACCUCAGCCAGCAGCAGUGCACCUCGGUGCUAGCUGCCCUCCAGUUCUGGCUGGGCUUGCUACUGCCAACCAUGCUGGUGGUGCGGUCCCAGUGUAAAGCCUACGUGGCCUGGAGGAGGGAGCGAGGGCUGCCGCCGAUCGAGCAGGAGCACAUCGUGCCCGCCAGCGGCGGCAGCAGCACAGGCGGCGGCGCCCACCCCGAAGAUUGGCAGUAUGAGGGCGCGGUGCGCACACUGCGCGCGCUGUCGGCGGCGCAGUGUGGCCUGGUGCUUGCCGCCCUGCUGGACUUUUACUGGACGAGCCAUGCAAGCGCGGGCUAG